UCUAAAGCAACAGGAUGUAAAUGGAGAAUUAAUGGAAAUCUUCCAAAAGAUUCUUCAAUAAUUUCAUUUACUACUGUUGUUGAUGAACAUAACCAUCAAAUGAUACCUUCACCUUUAAUCAAUAUUGCUAAAUAUCAUAAACUUGGUGAAGAUAUGAUCGAAUUUAUAGAAUUUUGCGUACAACAUGGUACAACUGGUAUACAAAAUAUUGGCCAGCUUUUAAAAGGAAAGUUUCCUGGAAGAAACAUUCAUCAGAAGAAUCUGUAUAAUGCAAUUCAAAUUGCGAAAAAGAAGUUAUUACUAAGGACUGAAUUUGAUGCUUCAGAUUUAAUGAAAUUCUUAUAUUCAAAACAAACUGAUGAUCCAUGUUGGUUUAUAGAAACUAAAUUUGAUGGAAUUGAACGUCGAUUAUUGAAAGAAAUUCAAAAUGUUCUUGACAAGGAAUCAGAAUUUGCAAGAGUAGAGGAAUAUAAAGAUCAAAUACCAGCAGUUGGACUUGCAACUAUUCCUAAAAAAUAUUUUAGUUCCAUUGAAAAGGUUGUUUCAGAGUAUCUUAUGCCUGCAAUGGUAUUUUUAGUUUGUAAACAAAUGCAAGAAUGUUUUUAUUAUGAUUGUUCAAAGGUGGAUAUUACAACUAUGGAUUUUAUGAUACAGAAAGAAAGCAAUGAUUAUAAUGAAGGAAUGAGAGAAGAUAACUAUGAAGUUGUUAAAAUACAUCUUGCUGAUAUAAUUUCUACAAUUGGCCUAGAACAAAUUUUAGAAAUCUGGCGAUUGGUCAUAUCCUGUGGAACUAAAAGCCAUUAUAUUAUAUUGUUAGAGGAUGGAUCACAUCGUUGUACAUGUAAUCUCUUAAUAACACAUGGAUAUCCAUGCCGUCAUUUUUACAAGAUUUUACGAUCUUCAACUCACGCCAAAUGGCAUAUAGGUCUUAUUGCAUCACGUUGGUAUAAGGAUGAUAUUAUUGAUAGGAAUAUUAAUAUCUGGCAACAAUUGCCAAUAACUUUAUGUGUGAAUUCAGAUCAAGAACAAGGUAAUGAUCAAUUUAAGUUCGAUUAUAUGAAACAGAUUCGUGGUGGUGAAUUUUAUAAUCAAAAUUUAAGAGAAAUCAACAGCACAAGACGAAAAUAUGGCAAAGCAUAUGGUCUAAUGCGAAAAGCAAUUGAUAUUGCAAUUGCUACUAAUUCAUAUGAUGAGUUUAUAGGUAUCUGUCAUGGAUUUAUAACAGAUAAGCAAGAAAACCUUGAGUCAGAUCUGAAUAUGGAAGGAAUUGAAUUUAAUGUCAAAAAUCCUAUAGUUACUGCAAGAAAAGGAAGGCCAGCUGGAAGAGCAAAGAGUUCUGUUGAAAUUCAAGAACAACGAGCUAGAAAAC